AUGUUUCGUAAAGAUGAAAACAAGACGGCGCUAGCCUUUAUCUUGAACCCCUCGCCACUGCAUACGCCCUCACUCGGCAGUAGCGGUGCCUUCGUGUCUCAAAUCACGUCCUCACUCAACAAGGCGAACAUGGGCAUGUCAGACUCAGUCACCAACAAUGACAUCGAAUUGCAUGAAAACGAGGGUGGCACGCAACUCAUUGAUCUACAUAUUGGUGAUUAUAUUUUGCUUGCAGGCUAUACCGUCAUGGAAAAGCGAGCAGAGCCACUGCUGUGCUUCAGUAGACACCACGGUAAAAUGCGUGUGUUCAAGUCCUCCAUCUGCUCAAAGAACGACUGCCACCGUGUCGCCGUCUCGAGAGGACGCUGCGUGCGUCACGGCGGCGGUUAUCGCUGCACAUACCCGAAUUGCACGCACGGUGCCCGACUGUACAACCGCUGCUUCCAUCACGGCGGCUUCAAGCUCUGCAAGAUAAUGGGCUGUAGUAGCAAGGCCAAGCGGUACGGCUACUGCUGGUCACACGGCGGUGGCCAUAUCUGCGAAUCCCCUGGCUGCUCUAAGGUAGCGGCGCCUGGUGGCUUUUGUUGGGCCCAUGGGGGCGGCAUACGCUGCAAGGUUGACGGUUGUAACCGCCGCUCGUAUCAGAAGCACAACUACUUUUGUUCUCACCACAACGCUUCGCAAGAAAAUUAG